AUGGCGCCCUCAUACUACAAGAACUUCUACGAUCCCGUGGGCAGUCAGGCGAAUCAACAACCACCGCAGGGGUAUACCUACUCCAACGCCAACGCCAACAACCCACCUUCCUCCACGCCGCAAUACCCACAGCAGCCCUCGUACACAACCAGCUACGGCACCAACUCGUACGGCGCUCAAUACGGUAGUCAGACGUAUGGGACGGCACAAUCACAGCCUCAACAACAAUCAACAAGCAACUCGUCCCGUGCGGCUUCUGCGUUGAAUGCCCUCACUCCCCAGGACUUUUCCACCAGCCGCGCCUCCAAUUCCAUAUCCCAAUACAACAACACCCCCACCUCGACCUGGAGUGAUUCACAGUCCUACAAUACCAGCAACAACAACAAUCCCGCCUACAAUCAAUCCAGCAAAAGUCAGGCCAAUCAAUCGCCACCCUACCCGACUUCCUCCGCUGCUACGUUUGGCAGAUUGAGCUUGCCGGAUCAAUCCUCUCAAACACAAUCUUCCAACACGUUUGGAAACUCGGCCUCAAAUGCGAGUACACAAUCAUAUCAGAAUGCACCCUCAUCGCAAUCGGCUGCUUCACAACACCGUCAAUACAUGACUGCUUACACUCAACAGCAGAACCCUCAACACCAAAAUUCUCAACACCAGAAUCCACAACAACCACCGGAUCGCUACGCGAGUCCUCUGCAGGCCGUGCAAGCUCAGCAGCGUCAGCAAACUCACAACCGUCAGACGUCGAGAAACUCCAACCCUCAACCAUCACCUCGGACUGCGGCGCGAAAUCUUCAACAGCAGCAUCAUCAGCAGCAGCAAAAUUCACAUUCACGUCAGCAGAGCACUUCGGUAGAGCCCUCCCCAACAACAGUCGAUCCCUCCCAAGUCUACGAUUUCCGCGCCGAGCAAGAAAGAAAAGCACGAAUCGACGCGGAGAGACGCAAGAAGAUUGACGCGGAAAAGGCGGCGCGAAAGGCAGAGGAAGACGCUCGGCAAAAGGUGUUGGACGACCGCAAAGCUGAAGAGGAAGCGCGCCUGGCUGAGAUUGAGCGGGUAGAGUCCGAGCGGGAAAAGGCCGAGGAAGACGCGAGGAAAGCCGAAGAAGAGGCUUGUAAGCAACAACAGGCGAAGGAGAAGAAGAACGAGCAGAGGAGGAAGGCAAGGGAGGAAAAACGGCAAAGCAAGACUGCAGCGACUGCCUUGCAGCAGAUGGCUUCUGGUGCGGGGUCUUCCAAUUCUGCAAAUGAUGGACAAGCCGCGAGUAUGGCCAUGAUGGCUGCGAUGAUGGGCGAUCAAUCCCAGCCGCCUGCCAAUGAUGAGGAAGCAGAGAUGAGGGCCAUGUUUGCAAAGAUGCGCGAGUUCAAUGCGAAGAAUCCCGCUUUGCUUGCAAAGAUGUGGGAGGAGGAGAGGACUGCACAUGCUACUUCACCUGCGCAGACCACUCCACAGGCUCCUCCUCCAGCUGUUGCAGUCUCCGUUCCUGCAAACACAGCGAAGAGGGGAGCUGGAAAGGCUCAACAAGCAAGACAGCAGUCGAAGCCAAUUCCAGCAAAUGCCGCUCCAGCCCAGCCUUAUCAGCCAUUCACUGGAGUUAAUAACAACACUCCCCAGAAUGGUAGACCACCCGUCCCAGCGAGUGGGAAUGCACAGCAAACCGGAGGCAACACUUCACUUUGGCCACCUCAUAAGAAGGGUAGUCUGGCAGAGGCUGCUGCCAAAUGGCUUGCUGCACGUCCUGAAAAUCUCAACACUGGCUUUAUCAUCACCAGGGAGCAAGUGCUCAAAAUCCUCGACACCAAUCCUUCCUAUGUGCAGCUGUGCGAGAUGAUUGAAAAGACUGGGGUCAAGUUUGAGCGAUCCGCAUUGGCAAAGGAGUUGUUGAAAGCAGUGCCCGAUGGAAUAAGGAGUGCUACUGGAAAGCCUGCAGCAUCUCCGGCGAAUGGAAGUUCGGCACAGAUGAAUGCUGCGGCGGGUCCGACGAAGAGAGGAGCCAAGAAUCACUAUUCCAUCCCCAACCAAGGGAGACCGACAAGUAAUGGGACUGUUUCCUAUCAGUCACCCUCCUUCUCCUCUCUGACUGACGCCGCUCGUGCGAUCAAUGGCAUGCCCACAGCUCCUACAUAUCCCACCAACUCUCUCGCUUCUGCGUUGAAUGGAGGGGCCGUUCAAUCCCCCAACAAUGAGAUGCUACCAUUUGAUCAGCAACCCAUCCAUAUUGAGGAUGACUCCACACCAAUUCCUGUUGACAUCAAACCUGAGGAGCCGCGACGACCUCCAGCAGACAAGGAGGAAGCGGCUCGGAAGCGAACGUUUGGUGACCUUGUCGAUCUCACCGGUGGAGAUGAUUCUGAUGAUGAAGGACCUCCAAGAAAGGUAUUCCAGACUGAACGACCAGCACCAAUCCCGCUUCCCAAUGCCGUCUUCAACCCUCUUCAACGAGCUCAGCAGAUUGUUCAGCAAAACUUUGGCACGCAACAUAUUGGCCAGCCCGGACCAUACAAUCCAUCCAUGCGGCAGAAUGGAUAUUCCAGACCACCCCCGCUUCCCUCGUCAACUACACCUUCUGCUGCUCCUCCACCUCCUCCCCAUCAAGUGUUAAAGUCUAGAGGGCCUUCUCAGGAGCAGCUUCAAAUGGAGCGUGUGCGGGGGAAGAUGUUGGUCGAGCCGAUUAUGRGAGAUCGUGUGGCACGAAAGUCCAAGUACGAUGUCCGCACGAUUGCAAGAGAUGUUCUCCUUGCGACGGGCCGUCACCCUGACAUGCGACCUCUCAACGCACAUCUCAACAGCAUGCAGAAAUUGUUGGGAGAUCACGGCGGUGUUGUAGAUGGGGCAGGAAACAAGAGUGAUCUCUCUACAAUUAAGUGGUCAUUCAUCGAUCCUGGUGAGCCAGCUGCCGUAGCCAAGGCGAAGAGUGAGGCCGCCAAGAAGCGUAUUGAAGACUCGGAUGCGACGGAGGAUGCCGAUGAUGAGGGUGAGCAGCCUACAAGAGGUCUCACUGCAGUCACAACUAUCAGAUCGGAGAGAUCAGACCAGCCCAACGCAGCUCAAAUGCGUGGCGUGGCACCGAAUGCGAACUUUCCAGUCGAGAAGAAGAAGCGGGGCCGUCCCAAGGGUUUCCGGCCGGCUUUUAGCAAAAAAGCGGCCGCUCAGUCAGCGUCACCUCUCAACGCGACUUCCACCAACCACGACACGACUUCACCGACGCGCUCGACCCAUCACCGCCGCACCGAUUCGACCUCGACUCCCGCACGUGCACGUACAUCACCUGCUAAUAAGAACGGCUCGCCGAACAUCAUGUCGUCGGGUGGAGCGGUGGGCUAUGCCGCCUUUCGCGAAGUCGACGCCAAUGGGAAUGUGAUUAAGAAAAAGGGCCGACCGGUGGGAUGGAGAAAGAAUGUGCAUUCACGAGAAGCUCAAGGUCUCACGCCUGCGAAAGCGGGAGCGAAACCUUUGGGUAGUAAACUCCGCCAGUCGACGACCGCGGCCUCCAAAAAGGAAGCGGAACCGCAGAGACGGGAGUAUGCCGUGUACAAGUGUGAGUGGAAGGGAUGCAAAGCCGAGCUGGACGGUUUGGAGAGGUUGAAGAAGCACAUUCUCAAACUCCACGGCACGGCGAAUGAAGGAGGGGAUUACGAGUGUUGGUGGGCCGGGUGUAAGAAUGCCGGCAAGCACGUCGAUGGUAAGGGAAGAGUGAGGGAUGGAGAGGAUGGGGCAGUGGGGACCUUUGAGGAUAUUGAGCGGUGGUUGGCACAUGUAGAAACGGUGCAUUUGGAGGCCGUGGGGUGGAAGUUGGGAGAUGGCAUGAGAGGUGAAGGUGAGUCUGGUGGUGAGGAUUGA